UAAUGGGAUAAAUUGCUCAUGGCUUGUGUUGCUCGGCCUGAGCGCCAGUGUCGGCAUCGUUGGCAACCCCCGUGCAUGGCGCGGGCUAUAUUCCCCGCCGAUAGUGAUCACUGAUCAUGAUACGCAGCCGACAAGGCUGUGCGAUAUCCCUCUUUAACUACCUUUCCUCACUCUUGCAAGGUCUGACUCGCUCACACACGCAUAUCACGCCCGCACGAUGUCGAUGCCACCGAACACGCAGCAGCAGCACCAGCACCAGCAGCAAUAUGCCCACACACCCGUGUUCGAUGACUUUGGGAGCACUGAUUUCGACAAGGGGUUCGACUUUUCGUCGUUCCAGAGCCCGUCGGACGUGCUCGCGCCUCACCCUGAUCUCUUCGAGCUCGAGCUGGAUACAAACUUGGCUGAUUUCGAUGCGGACCAGCUGCAGCUGCUCACGGUUGACUCGCACGAUGCAUACUCGUUCUUCCGAUCCGACACGCCCACGCGGGGCCCUGCGUCGAACAUAACGGCAGCCUCCUCUGAGGGGGGCUUCGACUCGCUCUCCUCCUACUCUGAGUCUUUCUAUAACUACCCGCAUUCUCCGCAGCCCCCAUCGAACUACUCCUUCCCACUCGAUUUGGAAAUGGACUUUCGGCGCAUCACCGUUGAUGCUGCGACUUCGGACUACGCAGCAGGUGUGGGGACUGAUUCCGCAGCUUCUGCAGCCGCUGCGCUGUUCAGUCCCCCCAUAGGGCAUGACGCCGCUGGCCGCAGCACGGGAAAGAUCUACUCAAAAGCAGGGCCGUACCGUGCUCGUUCGACGUACUCUGACUACGGUCCCUCGACACGGCGCCCCUCUGUCCCAGUCGACUUGUACGCACACCUGAACUUCAAUCCCGCGAACAUCCCUGGCUCCACCGUGUCCCCCGCCCAUAUCUCGUCCCAGCUGCCUACGAUCCCUGCUGGAAAGAUGGCAGACGAUGAAGAGUUGCACAGCGAUGCACGAAAGAAAUACAAAUGCUCUGCCUGCCCGCGUGCCUUUGCCCGCGCAUACAAUCUCAAAACGCACAUGGCGACGCACGACCCGAACCGCCUCAAGCCGCAUGUAUGUCCGCAUAGAGACUGCGGGCGUUCGUUUAGCCGAAAACACGAUCUGGGGCGACACCUUGUCAGCAUCCACCGCGAGGGCUCGCAAGUUGACGGGUCCGUUUGCUCAUCUCACCAUUCCCUGGGAUCUAAGAAGUCGAUCGGCGUCGAACAGGGCACCAGAAGCUGGUGCGAGCGCUGCGGACGAGGACUCGUAGGACCGGCUGCCGACUGCGAAUGCACAUGAGCAAGCAGAGGCGUGCGUUAGAUGGCCGUUCUUGUCCAAAGCUAGUUAGGUGGAUGGCAGGAGCGGCGAUGAUGCUGGCUGCUGGGCUUAGAGAAUCCGCCGCCUGCUGUUGUGCGCCGACGCGCCAGCCUCUGGCCUGCUCGCUCGACAUGUCUCGUUUCUUCCCGCUUUGGCAUGCAUGUAUGCGUGUUCUUGGCCCCGCGACGAUCGAGAUCUCGGAAAUUACUGUAUGCGCUGUUGCGUUUACUGCGUCUCGUAAAUAAUUGUAUGUCGGCUUUCAAUCUACGAUGUGGAAUAAAUGAUACUACCGCAUGAUCUUCUUGGAAGCUGCGGAGCUCGGCGCUUUAUCGGGGGGCGGGCCUCACCACAUGCAUGCAACGCAAUGCAGCAUGCGCGCUGGUAGUUCUGCGAGCUGCGGCGCAGGCCGCAGGCGCGCAGCAGACAGGGCCAGCCUUGUGUGUGUCUCCAUCAACAGAGUACCUGAUCGGUGAUCAACCCAUCACGCAUGCCAAGCGAUCUCUCGGCAACGAUCAUUAUUGCACACCGCCACUGGCCCACCAACUUCGAGCUGCACCUGACCGCGAUUGCCCAGUGUUGCAUGACGGACGAAUCUAGAAAUUGCAGCUGAAAUCCAUGGCGCUUUUCGGCUCUGAGUCUGGCUUGCAAAUCAAGUGGACCGAUAUCCGAGGCGCUUGAACGCC